GAACAAUAGCUUUAGAGCUCCGAUCUAUCUUCCCAACGAGAUAUAAUACGAUCCAAACGGAUAAACACACAGCAAGAUAUGAGUGACACAAAUACUUAGCCUUAUCUCUAUGAUUUAGCGUUUUCAGCGAAAAUAGAGCACUUUUAGCGUAAAUACAGUGCAUUUUAGUAAUUAGGCAAUCAUCCCUUGAUAUUUUGAAACCAGCGCCUGGGAAACCGGAGCCUGAAGCGUCUAUGAAGAAUUUUUUCCGUUAGCUCCAGCUUCUCUCUACGAAAUCCGUACACUUCUUCUUCCCCAUUGCGUUUUUUGUUCGUUCUUGUUUUCUUCCUUGGAUUUUUGGGUGUUUGAGCUCGAACAUUAACUGUAAUACAUCUUCCUUCCCUUAGGGGUGUAUUAUAUUUAAUUUUUUAGCUCAAAACCUGAAUUCUUUGGAGGGCUGGAGCAACAUUUUUCGCACAAACACUAUUCAUACACGAAAAACUCUUUCUUAGAUCCCAAAGCCUCCUUUUGAGCUAAGAUGAUUCUGGAUAUGGGGUGAGAAUCGCCUCUCCUUGGCGCACCACAUACUCUAACCUUAGCUUCAUCCCCCCUAUCCGUACAAUCAACUUUGUGACCGUUUGUACGGACAUUUACUCCAUUAGUACGGACAACAAGCUCAAAGAAGAAAAGAAGAAAACAAACUUGGUCUUUGAAGGACUCUUGGAGGCGUUUUGUGCUUACAACGUCCUUGGAUGCUCACCUUGACCUUGGAUAGCUUGGGACACACCUCCUAGCUAUGGUCAACACUCGGAAGCUUGCCAAGGCAGUGUCUCCCAUCGCUCCUAUGACUGGGAAAAACAAAUUGAAGUCAGUCAAGAAACUCCAAGCUCAACACAUGGAAGCUAAGAUGUUGGAUGAAAUGGAGAAGAACAUAUCCUCUACCAAAGGAGAUGAGGAGGUUACCAGUGAGUUGAGGCCAGAAAAUACCAAAAACAAGGGGGCCAGCAACACUAAGAAACCACCUACCCAAGAUGUGGCAAAUGACAACACAAACAACAACAACAUAAAGGUAACUUCUUUGGACACCAAUAUUGUGUGCGAAAAUGAUGAUGUAUUAGCGUUGGAAAAAGUUGGUGGGGGGUCUGUCUUACAGAAUGAAAUAGGUAUUUUGGCUGUUGGAAACAUUAAAGAGGUCCCUCACCAAUCCAUUAAUGAAGAAAUUGUGCAAAAUGAAGGCUGUUUGGCCGAGAUAGUGAAGACUACAAAUGCUAGUAUGGAGGCUGUUUUGGAGGCUGUUUUGGAGGGGGGUUUUGAUUACCAACCUUUGGGGGUUGUUAGACCCAUUAAUGUGGUUACUCCUACACCCAUUAAUGAGACCACAUCCUCGGAUUUGGAGCAAGAUAGGGCAAUUGAAAAAGAAAAAAACGUUGAGGUUGAAAAGGAACCAUGUGAAGAUGAUGUCUAUCUUAAGGCCAUAAAUAGGACCAAGAAAUGGAGUACUAAUGGAGAUGCUUCUACCUCUCAAGGCACCAAACAAACUGUCCAAGAUGCCCCUAAACCAUGGUCCUCCUUAUUUACUAAUAAUAGGGAACCAUCCCAAGGAAUGAAACUUACUUACAUCCCACCUACCGGAGAUAUGGUUGACCUUUCUAACUACACACUUCCCUCCAUGGUGGAGCUAUGGGGGUACUGUUUGGUUGGCUACUUUGUAGGGGUGUUUCCCGGACCUAGGGCAGUCAACGCUAUGAUCCAAAAAUGGGGGGUUCCUUGCAAAGCUAGACCACAUAGCAAAGGAUGGAUUAUCUUCAAGUUCCAAAGGGAGGCGGAUAGGGAUCAAGUCCUUCUAGAUGGACCUCAUUCCAUCUAUGGGAAAAUGUGCUACUUGAAAGUCCUUGAUGAUAACUUCUCAACACAUAGUGAUGAAUUCCUCAAAGUGCCUAUAUGGGUCAAAUUUCAUGGGCUGCCCAUGAGGGCUUGGAGAGAGGAUAUCCUAAGUGCCGUGGCUUCUAGAGUGGGUAAACCAUUGGCUACGGAUAGGGUGACACAAGAGAAAGCUAGAUCUUCAUAUGCUCGUGUUCUAAUUGAAGUAGAUGCGGCCAAGCCCCCUCCACUCCAAUUUGAUGUCAAACUUCCAUCCGGGGAGAUCUAUAGCCAAGGCGUAGUGUAUGAAACCUUUCCAAACUAUUGUUUUCAUUGCAAGAUGUUCGGCCAUCACCCCUUCACAUGUAAAACACUCCAUGACUUGGAAAGGAAAGAAAGAGGAGAAGAAGUACCCCCCCAAGAACCAAGGAAAAACACUACAUUUCAAAGAGAAGAACAAAGAAGGCAAAUCUAUACUAUCAAAGCUAAGAAUAGAUGCUAUCAUGAGGAGCAUCCAAAGGCCGAGCCCACCAAGAGCAGCCAUGACCAGCCCGUGGCAGAAAGUUUGGAAAGAGAAGAGGGGGAGAUCAUUGAAGAGGAAGCCACAAUCUUAGAAGAAAACCCCCUUGCCUUGAUCUUGGCCACACCUAACAUUGAAAGUGAAGAACAAAAAGAAGAAGAACUAGUGGAUGAGCUUGACAAAAUCAUGGCUAACAAAGAAGAGGAGCAAGGGACAUCAAAGGAAGAGAAGGAGGAUGUUGAUUUGGAAGUAAGAAUUAUCAAUGAUAUCCGAGAUAGCUACCAUGAUGAUGUGGUCAUUCAAGUAGAUUUCAUUGAAGGGAAGCCUCCCAAUCUUCACAUGGCCCACAUGAAUGAGCUAGAACUAACCAUGAAGCCGGGGGAAAAGCUUGUGAGACUUGAUAAUUGCCUCUCAAUCACCGAUGACUUGGAUGCACCGGGGAUUACAUUCACUAAAGCUUGCCUAGAGGGGCUGCCUGGGGUGAUCCAAAUAGAGGACGGGUAUGCUUUUGAUGCUUUCUUUAUGCGUAAUAUUCAUCAUCUUUUUCUUGGUAGGUAUUUUAGCGAAAAUGGCCUUCAAGGCAACACAUGGAAGAAAAGGCCAUGGCAAGGAAGGAAAAA